AUGGCCCCAGCCAGGGUCUUCGCUUUGGCGCCGGGCAAUGUUAAGGCGGCCGGCAACGUGGUGACAGGGGAAUUGUCACCACAGACUAAUGAGGAGAAGGAACAUAUGUCACAUGUUCCUUAUGCUAGUGUUGUUGGCAGUCUUAUGUAUGUCAUGUAUUUACGGGGUACUUCAUAUGUUGGUCUGGUAUUUGAGCGUAGCAGCGUUGACACUUCUAAAAGUGUUGUUGGAUUUAUGGACUUUGAUUAUGCAGAAGAUAUGGACAAAAGGAGAUCCCUGACUGAUUAUAUUUUCACUCGAUUAGGAUCUGCUGUUAGUUGGAAAGCAACUUUACAACCAACCGUUGUUCUUUCCACUACUGAGGCAGAGUAUAUGACAUUGACUGAAGUAAUGAAAGAAGCCAUUUGGCUUAGAACUGAUAAUCCAACAGAUAUGAUGACAAAGGCUGUUCAGACAAGCAAGUUCAACUACUACUCAAUCUUGGUUGGUGUCCGCAAGACGUAA